GGGGUCUCUCCUCGUAAAGUCGCCUGUCAGGAUUUGCAAGUGAGACCCAGACUGUUAUUACUAGCUAUUACUCGAUACGAUGCUGGAGGAGAAGGCCAGGGUAUGCAUUGGUACUCCAUACAAACGACAGAGUAGGGAUUCGCUAAUCAAUGGGGCUUGAUCGCGUCCACUGGAAGGAUCGGUUUAUGCGGCCUAGCGAUAGUUGAGGCCCCAUAGUCACAUUCUUUUAAACAGGGGCACAGCGCACGACGCGGAGCAGAAGCUCUUUGCCGGUUAGUUCUCCUAAGACGCAAAACAAUCAUAGUCUCACUCUGCUGCAUGCUGUCCGACUCGUCAGCAAGAACAUACUCACUUGUAGGGUUCGUAAGAAGGCCCAGUAUGUAUUCGACAUCUUUCGCAUUCUUUGAAGCAAUAUGGGACGCAGGGGUCACCCAUUGUUUCGUCAACUUGGGGUCAGAUCAUCCAGGUAUGAUUGAGGCCAUGGUGAAGGGCCAGCGAGAGAGGCAAGGAAAAUUUCCGCGUAUUAUUACGUGCCCUAGCGAGAUGGUGGCCAUGUCCAUGGCAGACGGCUACGCCCGAUUAACUGGAAAGCCACAGUGUGUUAUUGUCCAUGUCGAUGUUGGAACACAGGCCCUCGGUGUGGCGGUUCACAAUGCCUCAAGUGGCCAUGCCCCUGUCCUCAUCUUUGCUGGAAUGUCCCCUUUUACUCAGGAGGGUGAGCUGCUCGGCUCCCGCACCGAGUUUAUCCACUGGUUACAAGAUGUCCCUGAUCAAAAGGCUAUUCUUGGCCAAUAUUGCCGGUACACAGCUGAGAUUAAAACAGGCGUCAAUGUCAAGCAAAUGGUUAACCGAGCGUUGCAAUUUUCCAAAACCGCUCCGCAGGGUCCAGUAUACCUUUGUGCGGCUAGAGAGGUCAUGGAGGCAGAGAUCAGCCCUUACUCUAUUCAGCAAGAAUUUUGGAAUUCUGUCGAAUUAGGCGGCCUUCCUUCAAAUGCUGCAAGCAACAUUGCUCAAGCGUUGGCCAAUGCUAAGAGGCCACUGGUUGUGACCGGCUAUUCGGGUCGAAAUCAUGGUAUUCCAAGUGCUUUGGUCGAGUUAGCAGAUAUUAUCAAGGCCCUACGUGUGCUUGACUCCGGGGCAAGCGACCUGUGUUUUCCGGGUGACCAUCCAGCCUGGCUAGGAGUUAAACAAGGAGCUGAUGAGUCUAUUCCGGAAGCAGACGUUAUACUGGUUCUAGACUGCGACGUGCCAUGGAUCCCAACGCGGUGCAAGCCUAAUCCGGAUGCAAAGAUAUAUCACAUUGAUGCCGACCCCUUAAAACAACGGAUGCCUUUGCACUAUAUUCCAUCCAAUGCUCGAUACCUGGCAGAUGGACUAAAUUCUAUUGAGCAAAUCCUUCAAAAUCUCAAGACAGGCGAAGCAGCCGGGAUCCUCGCGACAAAAGACCAGGCCACAGCCGAAGAAGCGCGUCGUAGCUCUUAUGCUGCCAAGAUUGAACGCAUCACUGAAGCGGCACAACCGUUCCCUGAUGGCAGUUUUGGAACGGGCCAUCUGAGUAAAGUGCUUCGAACUGUUUGCCCAGUAGACACAAUAUGGGCUGUGGAGGCAGUGACCAACACUGGCUUUAUUCACGAUAACGUAAGACCGACAAAACCAGGCUCAUGGAUCAAUUGCGGAGGUGGUGGUCUUGGCUGGUCCGGCGGUGGUGCUCUGGGCAUUAAACUGGCCACUGAUGCUGAAGGAAGGGGGAAGUUUGUAUGCCAAAUUGUGGGAGAUGGAACGUAUCUCUUCUCCAUGCCUUCGAGCGUAUAUUGGAUAUCUAAACGGUAUAAUAUUCCGAUUUUAACAAUUGUUCUGAACAACAAUGGAUGGAAUGCGCCGAGGAAAUCGUACAUGUUGAUUCAUCCCGACGGUGAAGCCGCCCAGGUAACCAACGAAGAAAUGAAUAUUUCAUUUAAUCCAACACCUGACUAUGCUGGUAUUGCAGCAGCAGCUGGCGCAGGCGAUAUUUGCGCACUGAAAGUGACGAACGCUAACCAACUCGAAAGUAUUCUGAGAGAUGCUGUAGCCAAAGUGAAGGCUGGACAAACAACUGUGGUAGAUUGCAAAGUUGUACCAGACUGUUAGAGUUAAACACUAUAUUAAAUCAAAAUGAAAACAAUAUUGGAUAGUAUUUAUAUGAAGUAGUCUUUGAAG